AUGGAUUCCGUCUCCUUUGGUAAUAAUUAUGGAAACAAUAAGGUGGUCGCAGUUCAAUCCAACAUUGCUCUGCCACCAGAGGCUCUGUCUCAUCUCCGGGAAGGGAUAUCGGUGCUUCUCUCCCGGUGGAACGGCCUACAGAUGGCCGUCCAGAACCAGUGGGGCGGCCGAGACUCCCUUCAGAAAUCCCACCAGCUCGCCGCCGACAUCCUCUCUUGGCUCUAUCCGCCCACAGCCCCACUUGAUGUUGAAGAUUUAGAGAACUUGCUCCAUGAAAGCAUGCUACUUUCUUUCAAUACAGAGGUUGAGGACGGCAGCAUCGAAGAGGUAGCAGAGGAAUUGAUGAUUAUGCAUGAAGAGUGGCUGCAGCAAGGCAAUUGAUCAUCUGUGGAUGAAGAACGUCAACUGAGGGAAUCCAAUCUUGAGGAGGGAGGCAUGCAUGCUUGCAACAAUUUGCUGAAUUUUGAAGCAAGUUAA